CGCCCAUCGCCGGAAGCCCCAGUGGGCGGAGGGAGGGCCGUGGUCGCCCUCGGGACCCCGGCGGCCCUGUCCGCCCCGGGUACCGUCCCCUGGGCCCGAGCUGGCUUUCCCGGGAGGCCGCGCCGAGUGUCGGGCCUGCGCGCCCCGCGGGCGGCCCAGCUCCAGGGCUGGGGCCCGGGCUGCCGGAGCCCGCUUCCCGCCUCCGGGGGUCAGCGGUGGCCGCUGGGUACCGCCGCGGGCGUCUCAGCACCUCCGACCUUGCUCUUCCAGUCGCCGAGGUGGCCGGCCGACCCCUGGGCGGCCCGUGCAGACGGCCGCCAUUCCCGUGUCGCUGCGCCCGCGCGGGCCGCCCGAGCCGGCCACCAUGCCGCUGGGCCUGAAGCCCACGUGCAGCAUGUGCAAGACCACGUCGUCCUCCAUGUGGAAGAAGAGCCCGCAGGGCGACAUCCUCUGCCAUCACUGCUCGGGCCGGGGCGGCGGGGGCGGCGGCACGGGAGUGGCGGGCGGCGCCGGGGGCGGCAGCGGCUUCGGCCCCGCCACCUUCGCCACCACUUCAGCCGGCCCUUCGCAGAGCAACGGGGGCGGGGGCGGCAAGCAGAGUAAGCAGGAAAUUCACAGAAGGUCGGCUCGGCUCAGAAAUACCAAGUACAAAUCCGCUCCAGCUGCUGAAAAGAAAGUUUCUACGAAAGGAAAAGGGAGAAGACAUAUUUUUAAGUUAAAAAACCCUAUCAAAGCUCCUGAAUCUGUUUCUACCAUAGUCACUGCAGAGUCAAUCUUCUACAAGGGAGUAUAUUACCAAAUUGGUGAUGUUGUUUCUGUGAUUGAUGAGCAAGAUGGGAAGCCGUACUAUGCUCAGAUCAGGGGCUUUAUUCAGGACCAGUAUUGUGAGAAGAGUGCCGCACUGACAUGGCUCAUUCCUACCCUUGCUAGUCCCAGAGACCAAUUUGAUCCUGCAUCAUAUAUAAUAGGGCCAGAGGAAGAUCUUCCAAGGAAGAUGGAGUACCUGGAAUUUGUCUGCCAUGCGCCUUCUGAGUAUUUCAAGUCAAGGUCCUCACCAUUUCCCACGGUUCCCACCCGGCCAGAGAAGGGCUACAUAUGGACUCACGUUGGACCUACUCCUGCAAUAACUAUUAAGGAAACAGUUGCCAACCACUUGUAGUUACAAAACCAAACCUGGGGCAUGCUUACUUAGCAGAAUCUUACUAUGCAGUCCUGGCUGUCCUGGAACUCAUUCUGUAGACCAGACUGGCAUUGAAUUCAAGAGAUCUGCCUGCUUCUGCUUCCCAAGUGCUGGGACUAAAGGUGUGCACCACCAUGCCAGGCUUAAGUUUUAGAGUUCUCAUCAAGGACUAAACCAAAAUGUGACCAGUACGUCUUACAAAGCCACACAGUCUUUCCUUCUCUAGAAGCAGACGUUGGCUGUUCCAGUCCUACAGAAAGCAACUGGUGGGUGGGUGAUUGAUUAGCCCUGGCUCUUCACACUUUCAUCUCAUGCCAUAGCAUUUGGCUGCUUUCAGUAGACCUGCCUUUGCCUGUCAGCUUCAGUGAGACUGCUCCAGCCAGGCCUUUGAUCUGCAUGCAGUAUAGACAUCCCUCCUCCUACUGAGGCAGCAGCCUCUGAGAGAGUGGCCUGACUACUGCUAAGACAGGGACUAGUGACUGGCUAUCUUGAAAGUGACUAAAAGGUCUUGAUAGUCGAAAGACUCACAUUCAAACCACGUGCUGAGAACUUGGAUGGUGUGCUUUGGCUUGGGAAAGCCUGUCGUAUAUGCCUCAAGUGCAGUUUCGUCAUAUGAUGGGGGAAGUGGGCAGCAAGCCUCUGUCCUGAUCUGUCCAAACAGACAGUUUUUGCUGUUGAAGUUUAUGAGAAUUUAUGACUUGAUCUUAAUGAUUUUCAUCAGAACUCUUUUACCCUUUUUCAUUAGUCCCAAAGUUGGGAAAAAGCAUCUUCAUGUUUACAUAAGGUACAAUAAAGUUCACUGUAAUACUA